GUGUGUGUGGGCAAAGCCAAAAGCAGACCAGACCAAGACCAACGCCCAGAGAAGGUGAGAGAGGGAGAGGGGGAACGCGGAUCUCGCCCGCCCGCGCGCCCGCCGGCCGGCCGUCCCCCCUCCGCCAUGUCCGCCGACGGCCCCGGCGCGGUCCGCCGGGCCCUUGACAGGGCCGGCGCGAGCCUCCGCGGCGGCCGCCGCGCGCUGGCCCGCUUCGCGCCCCGCCCGUCGGCCUUCUCCGCGGCCCCCGACGCCGAGGCGGCGGCGGUCCGCGCCGUGCGCAACCUCCGCACCUUCCGCGCCCACUACGCCGUGAUCCAGUGGGCGCUGCUGCUGGCCUCCCUCGCGCCCCGCCACCGCGCCUCCAUGCUCUUCCUCAUGGCCGCCUCCAAGGGCCUGCUCCUCUACGGGGCCCUCCUCCGCGCCUUCCCCGCCUCCGCGCUCCUCCGCCGCCUCCUCGACCGCCGCCUCGUCGCCGCCGUCUUCGUCGCCCUCGUCCUCGCCGACCUCGCCGCCGCCGGGGCGCUGCCCAACCUCCUCUUCGCGCUCGCCGCAGGCGCCCCCGUCGUCCUCCUCCACGCCGCGUUCCGCGUCCGCGACGACCUCGAGCCCGGGGCCGCCGCCUCCGCCGACAACGGCGCCGGGGGGGAGGAGGAGGAGGCCACGGGUGUCGUGGUGGAGAAGAAGGAGGACGGCGACAUGGAGACCGGGCCGACGCGCCGCUCCGCCACGGCCGCCGCCAAGUCCUAGGCUGCCAAGAUCUCGCCGCCCAUAUACCACAACUACACCUUAGAAAGACAGACAGAGUGCUGGUAUUCCUUGAUCAAAUUCCAUUCUUUUUGGAGAGAUUUGGAGGCUCACUACUACUACUACCUACUAGGAUGCAUCAGAAUGAAUCAGAAUUCGUUGUCUCUUAUCUUAAUCAUGGCUAGCAUUAGGAUUUCCCCCCUGUUCCUUGUGUAUACACAGAAGAUUUACUCCUGCUACUCCUACUGCAACAUUGUUGUUACUCCGUAGGCAAACUAGCAACUAACAAGAGAAUCAACUGGGUCUGUUAUGAUCCUUCUUUCCCACAGUAUAUGUAAUCCUGAUUGUCGCCGCAA